AUGGACACGAGUGUUAGUUGCAAUGCCGUCAUUGAGAAACUAGGACCAUCAGGAGUUCUGUCAACGAAGAAAUACUCGAAUUGUAGCUUGAACAUCACAAGAAGUGCAAAUCGAGACAUUUGCAUAAAGGUAGUUCAUGGAAGUACUGCUUCGAUCUAUCGAGUGAUGACGCUCAAAGUGAUGGGAAAGUUUAUACCAGCUGGAAAGGCGACAAUCGAAUUGGACUCAGAUCAGGGCAAGAGAAGGUUUUUGAUCUCAAACGCCUCGGAAGAACAACUCAAGGACGUCUUGAAACUACUCCUGGUGAAAUAUAACAACCAAACUCCCGUGAAGAAUAAACACUUGAUUAUUCGAGGAGAAGUCGACGAGAUCUCGCCGCUAAGGCCGAGAGAACUGGAGAAAGUGAAUUUGCGGUUGGCAGCUGCUAAUCAGAAACAAAUAACGCCGCGAAAAAAUACUACACCAGUUCGAAAACUUCAACAAAGACGAGAAGCCGCGAGAAAAUUAGGCCAGUUAGCAGCAAAACCUAAACUAAAAAUGCCAACAAUCACAGUUAAAAAAACUCCACUGAAUGAAGUUCAGAAGCAAAUUAUCGCCUCCGCUCGUGCUGGCGACUCAAUCUUCUUUACUGGCGCUGCUGGAACUGGCAAAUCAUAUGUUCUAAAAGAACUGAUCAAAUCGUUGCCGACUGAUACAACUGCGAUUACUGCUUCAACAGGGUGUGCUGCAGCGCCAUUACAGGGUCAGACGUUGCAUGCUUUUGCCGGAAUUGGAAUCGGGAAUAGAACUGUCGAAAGUUGCAUUUCUUUGGUCAAGUCAAAGAAGUCUCUGACAAGAUCGUGGAAGAAAAUCAAGACGAUUAUUAUUGAUGAAAUUUCAAUGGUGACCGCGGAGUUCUUUGACCUUCUAGAAGCUGUUGCACGUGGUGUUCGAGGAAACGAGGAGCCCUUCGGGGGGAUUCAACUCAUCGUUGCUGGGGAUUUUCUCCAGCUCCCGCCAGUCUCAAAAGGAUUUGGAGAUAAUGUGAAGAAGGCAAAGUUCUGUUUCCAAGCUUCUGCUUGGAAUGAAUCCAUCAAAAAAGUUUACGAACUCAAGGAGGUGUUUCGGCAAGCGAAUGACGGUGAGUUCUGCAGAAUGCUUAAUGUUAUUCGAACAGGAUGCGUGCCAAAGUGGGUUCAGGAUCGGAUCAACGAGACAAAAGCGAAUCACAAGGAAUUACCGGAUCAAAUCAUUCCGACCAAACUCAUGACGCACAACAAUCAAGUAGACUCGCUCAAUAAAUCUGAGUUGCAAAAACUCAAAACAGAAGAAAAGGUCUAUUUGGCAGAAGACUCAGUAACUGACAGCAAGAUUCUUUUUGCCUUGAACAAAAUGCUUCCAAAUGCGGUUCAAGAGCUUCGUCUCAAAGUCGGUUCUCAAGUCAUGUUAACGAAGAACCUUGCAGUUUCAUCCGGACUUGUGAAUGGCUCAAGAGGUGUGGUCGAAGAAUUCACUGAAAGUGGGCCGAAAAAUUCAUCUAUUCAGACAAUGUCAUCGGAAAAGAUAGAAGUAGUCUCAUCCGAAGUGAUCGAAGCUGAAGAAGAGCUGAAGCUUGCUUUGAGAGGCAUAACUCCCAGACGAAAGCGAGUCAAGAUUCGAGACAAAGAAAUUGAACUUUCAAAUAUUCCUGAUGAUACUUCAUUAUACAGUCUCUGUCGCGACUGGGUAAGAACACAGUACUACCGCCCUCCUGCAAAGAAAAUGUUCCAGUCUAACUUGCCUCCGGUUGAUACUCCGUGGAACAAUUUCGCCGAAGAUGGCAAGUUCGUUUCACCUUUGGUCCCCGUGGAUAUAAAACCUGACACAGCAUCAAAAGAUGAAACCGAUCCGCAAAAAAUAUUCAGAGGGCACCAUGCUCGCUGGAAAUACAUAGCGAAGUGCUGGAGAAAGCGAUCAGCAGAGAAUGACAUGCGAUAUGCGUCGAGCUACAACGAGCUACAAGAGAUGGCGAAAAAUCUAACCAACUCGGAAUGA